GUUAAGCGACGGACACGUUGAUCCAGACAAGCGGCAACAAUGGUACACAUUUCAGUGUCUAAUCUUUGUCACGAAACUUGGUCAAACAUUUCGCAGAGCUGACGCACUAAGCCCAAAGAGAGGGAGAGAGGGGAAGCCAGUCCGAGGAACAGGCGGCGAGCUCCGACCACACGCCUUUUUGUUGUGGGACAAGAAGCGGCGGAUCUACCAUGUCCACACCUGGGUGUCGUCCACUGCCACGCGUGAGGAGGAUGUGAAGACCCUGGACGACUUUGUUGUCUGGUUCUGUACCAGGAGGGCAUGGGCCCGGGCCUAGCUGCAGGAGGAGUCCAUGACCGAGUCCAAGAACCGGGAGGAGGAGAUGGAGAGCUACCGAGACCUCCUGCAGGCCGGCUGCCAGCUGGAGGACACACUGCAGCAGGUGACUGUUCCUAUGAGCAUGAAGGAGGUUGGUGGCUACAUAGAGAAGCAGGUUGCGUACCUGUCAGGUGGUCGUGGAGAAGACUCCAGCGUCAUCAUCACUCUCCCACAAUGCUCUGCUUUCAGGGACAUCCCAGAGGAGGCCUUGGCCAAAGUCUUCACGUACCUCACACUCAUCCCCAGAACCAGACAACCAGGGGUCAAGUUUAUCGUCAUUUUGGACCGCAGACUUGACACGUGGGCUUCUAUCAAGAAUGCACUGGCCAGAAUAGCAGCCUCCUUUCCCGGGAACCUCCACCUGGUGUUGGUGCUGCGACCCACCAGCUUCUUCCAUCGCACCGUCGCCGACAUCGGCUUUCGCUUUGGCCAGGAGGACUUCAUGUUGAAGAUGCCGGUGGUGAUGCUGAGCUCCGUCACCGACCUGCUGAAGUACAUCGACGAGAACCAGCUGACGUCUGAGUUCGGAGGCACUUUGGACUACUGCCAUAGCGACUGGAUCCUUCUAAGGACGGCCAUUGAAGGUUUUGCCGUCACGGUCAAAGACAUCGCGCACAUGCUGCAGGCCUUCGGCACUGAACUGGCCGAGACUGAACUGCCCGGCGAGGGCGGCGCCAUCGAGCACCUCCUGGCGUCUCACAAUGACAAAUACCGGAAGCUUAAAGAGGCCAUUAUAUCUCUGUUCAAGGAGGGUCAGCACCUUCUGUCAAGCCUGGAGACAACUACGAGGGACAGCGAGGACCCUCAGUGGGACGUCAAGCUGGACUGGGAGACGGUACAAAGGCUCCUCAAUCAACUGAGAGACAUGGAAUCAGCCUUUGAUGGCUUCUUUGACAAGCACCACCUGAAACUGCAUCAGUACUUGCAGCUGCUCACAUUUGAGAAAGGUUUUCAUGAGAUGCAGUCGUGUCUGCAGCGUCUGUCGUCUCAGGAGGACGAGCUGUCCACACGUGGUGACACUCUGGCUCAAGCCGAGCAGGCUCUCAAACAGCUGGACACUUCGGAAUUGUUUGCACAGGAUGUGAUGUCACGUGCACAGAUCAUCAUCCUCCACGGACACCAGCUUUCCGCAGGCCACCACUACGCCACCUCUCUCAUCAUGCAGCGCUGCAACGAGCUGCGCCAUCACUGUGAUACCCUCAGUACGGCCCUGGCCGCCAAACGCUGUUAUCUCCUGCAAACGCACCAAUUGCUGCUAUCUCUGGACCAGGCCCAAACCUGGUGUGAUGAUGGAGCGUAUCUGCUGGCCAAUCAGCUGGUGGAGAAGUUCCAGUCCAAGGAGGGGGCUCAGGCUGCUUUGAAGGCCAUUGAGAGCUUCCUGGACCGGGCGCCAUCUUUGAUGACAUCAGGACCUGACGUUCUUGCGCUGGAGUACGAGGCUGUCAUCACCCCUCAGCUGCAGGUGAAAAUUGAUAAAACGUUUGAGAAGCAUGCAGCUGUGCAGCAGAUGGUCCAGAACAGACAAGCCAGUCUUAGGAAGCUGGCUGAUAAACAUGUCCGCCCGGUCCAGCUGGUGGCGCCCCGUGCUGAGAACCCGCCUCACUCUAAGUCCCCUAUCUUCUCCCCCAAGCACGCUGAUGGUUUGAAAUUCACCUUUGACCUCCCGCUUCCUGGAAAGAGGGCGUCUCGCAAAGGCCCUAACUCUCGCACAAUCGAGGUCAUCCACCACUACCAGGAGAGUCGCAGCUGCGUGACGUACGGCGUGGAGGGUGAGGACAGCCCCGAUGUUCUCAAGCGUCAUGUGAUGAGGGAACUCAUCGAGACGGAGAGAAUCUACGUGGAGGAGCUGCUGUCCGUUCUUCUGGGCUACAAGGCUGAGAUGGAUAACCCACUUCUGUCGGGUGUCCUGCCGGCCGCCCUGUGCAGCAAGAGAGGCGUCCUCUUUGGAAACAUGUCAGACAUCUACAAUUUCCACAGCAGAGUAUUUCUCCAGGACUUGGAGGGAUGCCUCGAGACUCCAGAAGGUGUUGGAAUCUGCUUUCUAGCGAGGAAAGACCACUUCCAAAUGUACGAGUGCUACUGUCAGAAUAAACCACGUUCGGACGCUCUGUGGCGACAGUUCUCUGACUGCGCCUUCCUUCAGGAGUGUCAGAAGAAGCUGGGACACAAACUGGGCCUUGACUCUUACCUGCUGAAACCUGUGCAACGCCUCACUAAAUAUCAGCUGCUGCUAAAGGAGCUGCUCAAAUACAGCACGGACUGCGAGGGUUCCUCUGAGCUGCAGGGGGCGCUAACAGCCAUGCUGGACCUGCUCAAGUCGGUCAACGACUCCAUGCAUCAGAUCGCCAUCACGGGAUACGAGGGGGACAUCUGCGAGCUGGGCCGCGUGUUGAUGCAAGGGCCCUUCAGCGUGUGGAUCAGCCACAAGAGAGGGUCCACUCGCAUGAAGGAGCUGGCCCGCUUCAAGCCCAUGCAGAGACACCUCUUCCUCUACGAGACGGCGCUGUUGUUCUGCAAGAGGAGGGAGGAGCACGGAGACGGCUGCGAUAAGACGCCCGCGUACGGCUUCAAGCACUGCAUCAAGAUGACCGCUGUGGGGAUCACAGAGAACGUCAAAGGAGAUCCGAGGAAGUUUGAGAUUUGGUACAGUGGGAGAGAGGAAGUGUACGUGGUUCAGGCUCCCAGCGUGGAGGUGAAGACGUCGUGGCUCAGCGAGCUCCGUCGGAUCUUGACCAACCAGCAGAGGCUCCUACGAGAUGAGGCCCAUCAAAACGGACAACAGGUAGAGCACAUGCAGCUUUCUCCGCCACCUUGUGACAGUAAGCAACAGAGGGCGUCAAUGAGCUCAGAGGACACAGAGUCCAGUAGGAGCAGUCCGGAUCGUCAGCGGCGCUCCCCGAAACGACAGCUGAUGAACCGCAGGAGUUGGCCGGGAGCUCAUCACUCAUCGAACAAUUGUCUGGAGGAAACGUCUGGAGGCAUUCUGGACCACCAGUCUGACGCACAACUGGUCAAACUGUCUCCAGGUAAAUAUCAAGCCUUAGUGGACUGCCUUCAAAACGGGCCGGACAGCAUGGUCAUCAAAAGUGGUGACGUCAUCCAGCUCAUGUGUGAAGACGACAAAGGCCGAUGGCUGGUGAGGAACCUGAGUCGGCACCAGGAUGGCUUCGUCGCGUCCGCCCGCCUGCAAGUGACCAUAAGGGGGAGCCGUCGAGCAGGCUGGUCGGGGCUGAGGGGUAGAAACCCGUGCAUUGGAGAUGGAGGUGUUACGUUACUGUGAUGUUUCUCUCAAGUCUGCUUGUGUUUCUUCUUCCCCUUGCAGCAAGGGGCCGGGAAAGAAAGCUCAGUUCUCCCUAACCACAGGGGGGCGCCAGUGAGUCUAACGAUGAACGUUUGGCGACUCAUGUCCUCGCAGAUUUUGACUGACAAUCUGGACCAAUCGGUGUUUUACCUCCACACAUUUACGCCGGAUUGUAAGAAGAAGAAAAAAAGAAAAAAAAAGACGGUAAGCACAAAAACUACACGAGCGCCGCGUCGUCUCCUCGGCUGCAAUCAUGGGUGUGUAAGUGGAGUGGUGGUCUUUUUUUUUUUUUUUUUUUUUACAUUUUGACCUAUGAUCAAUGUUGCAACAAAAAAACAUUCUUUGGACACAAAGACAAUCAAAGACCAAACUGUGGCACCCGAACUGAAAUCUUGGACCUUAGCCUCAGAGCCACUAGGGGGCAUACUUGAUGAUGUGACAGGGACUCCAUUUCUGGACAUUUAAGUUCCUUGUCAGCAUUUAAGUGCAGCACACCAUUUCUAAGGGAUUUUAGUUUCCUUGAUCUUUGCAAUAAUACUUAUUCCCUCAUGUGCUCCUCUCUACUAAAGUGCCAAAAUGAUGUUUUUUCCAUCCUCCAACCUUUACGAAUGUCUACGGAUGUUUUCAUUCAUCCAUCAAAAGUGGACUCUUCAGUUAGUCUCAGAAGACGUUUGGCCUCUCAUUUGAACUGGCUGCAUUAGUUGGAGCUUAUAGACUUAGGACAGCUCUAGUCUGAGAGGAUGGUGCAGGACCAGAGGCGACAAUUGUGGUGCAAAAAAAACCCAACUUUGAGAGGAUAAAUACAAAAAGCCAAAAGCAGUGAAGUUGGCACGUUGUGUAAAUGG